UCUGGGAUCGCGGAAGAGUAAUGGCGCCGCUGGCCUAGCGGGGACCGUGGCGGGCUCAGAGUAUUUAAAAUGACUACUGCAGCCAGACCAACGUUUGAACCCGCAAGAGGAGGGAGAGGAAAAGGAGAAGGCGACUUAAGUCAGCUCUCCAAACAAUAUUCAAGCAGAGAUCUUCCUUCUCAUACUAAGAUCAAAUACAGGCAAACCACCCAGGAUGCCCCCGAGGAGGUGCGCAACCGUGACUUCAGGAGGGAGCUGGAGGAGAGGGAGCGGGUCGUUGCCAGAGAGAAGAACCGAGACAGGCCAGCGCGAGAACACACAACCUCCUCCUCGGUGUCUAAGAAACCCCGAUUAGAUCAGAUUCCCGCAGCUAACCUGGAUGCAGAUGAUCCAUUAACAGACGAGGAAGACGAGGAUGAGGACUACGAGGAAGAGAGCGACGACGACACGGCAGCCCUGUUAGCUGAGCUUGAAAAGAUCAAAAAGGAGCGGGCUGAAGAACAAGCCCGAAAGGAACAAGAGCAGAAAGCUGAAGAGGAGAGGAUACGGAUGGAGAACAUCCUGAGUGGCAACCCGCUGCUGAAUCUUACCGGUCCGGUCCAGCCACUGGCACACUUCAAAGUGAAGAGGAGAUGGGAUGAUGAUGUCGUUUUCAAGAAUUGCGCGAAGGGUGUCGAUGAGAUGAAAAAAGACAAAAGAUUUGUCAACGAUACGCUGCGGUCAGAAUUUCACAAAAAGUUCAUGGAAAAAUACAUCAAGUAAUACAUGCUUUGCUUUCGUUUGAAGAGUCCUGUGUUUGUCGGUAGGCCGGACAGAGCGAGUCUCUUCCCACCUGAGA